AUGCGGGCGGGCCUGGAGCACGCUGUGCUCGUCACCAGGGUGCGGUGCGGUGGCUGUUCACCAGCGCCUUGCUUUGGCGAGGGUUUGCGAUGGGUCCAUGUGCUGGGUCGCGCGACUGUGCAGGGUGAUGUGGAGAGCGCAGUGGGGAGGGGGUGA